GAUAAUUAAUCUUUGGUCAGGUGAUUUGAUAUCUACAAAAGUUAUUUUUAUUUUGACUUUGGUUUGGGUUGCACUUUGCUAUCUUCUUGUUUUUCUGUUUUUGUAAUCAGUUUAUCAAAGAUGUUGAGUUCUAUUUCAAGGAAUUUUUCUUCGGUUUUAAAACGUGGAAAUUUAAUAAAUACUUUGAGUUCGAACUCACCUGUUGGAAAUGAAGAACUAGCAAUCAUUUCAGAAAACGAUGGUGUACGAGAAAUUCAACUUAAUCGACCAAAAACAAGGAAUCCUCUUUCCAUGGGAAUGAUGGAAUCUAUUCUUCAAGGAAUAACUGAAAAUGUAAAUGACAAAUCUCUGCGUUGUAUUGUUAUUUCUUCUACUGGACCAGUUUUUUCAGCUGGGCACAAUUUAAAUGAAUUGAAAGCCGAAAAAGGUUCGGAUUGUCAACGUAAAGUCUUUGAUAAGUGUGCAGAGCUAAUUCAUCAAAUGCAACGAGCUCCAGUCCCAAUAAUAGCUAAAGUUGACGGCCUGGCCGCCGCCGCUGGUUGUCAAUUUGUAGCAUCAUGUGACAUGAUUAUUUGUACAGAAAGGAGUUCCUUUUCCACCCCUGCAGCUAGUUUUGGUAUAUUUUGUCACACUCCGGCAGUUGCAAUAUCACGUGUUAUGCCUCGCAUGAAAUCAUCUUAUAUGCUAUUUACAGGGUUUCCAAUAAGCGCCAAAGAUGCAUAUAUAUCAGGGUUGGUGAGUGCUGUUACCCCAAACGAUAAGUUAGAUGAAGAAGUAAACAAAAUAUGCGAUUCCAUUAAAAGCAAAAGUCGUCCGGUAAUACAACUUGGUAAAGAGUUUUAUUAUAAGCAGAUGGGCUUAAAUUUAUCUGAUGCUUAUGUCAAAGCUUCUGAGGUCAUGGUAGAAAAUCUGGGUCUUAACGAUGGAAAGGAAGGACUCCAGAGCUUCUUGGAAAAAAGAAAACCAAAAUGGAGCCAUUCCUAGGUGAAAUUUUAGUUUAUUAUAUUCAAAAUGCAUUUAUUUAAGACAUGUAAAUACAAAAACUGUCUAGGUGGUUGAGUUUAAUAAAAGUUUAACGUUCUUUGCAA